AGCUACUGGAAGCUCUCAGCUGCCUGGGAAGCAGGAGACAGGAGAGGAGGCGAGAGAGGAGACACCUAUACAGGCUGCAGUUAUAGUGGCACAAUGGCACCCUAAGGCACCCCUGAGGGAGAGCAAGGGGACUGGGUGAGACAUAAAAGAGCAGCCCGAUUCUGUGCCGCUAGGUACGUGCGGAAUUGGAGAAGCCCGUGUGGAACGACUCACCCCAGGAAGAUACUUUAGGAAUACAGAUAAGCCGGUACCUUCUGGCCUUGUGGAUCUCCUUACCCCAUGUGGAUUACACCAUUGGCAGUGUAAAGCCGGCGUUGGCACUGGCGGCAUGAGAACCAUGUAAAGAACACUGAAGUACAGGAGGAGGUAAACACCAAAGAGAGUCUGGGAAACAUAUCUCUUCCUUGUCUCCUCCCACACAAUGGAACAGCGAAGGAUCUUGAUGUGGACUCAGGGACCAGUACGCCUUCAAUAUUGGGCUUCUUCUUCAGUCUUGAUAGUUUUGGCCAUGUUAUCAUUAGACUUUCCCUGUGCUUCCCUUUCUAACACCUUUAACACUGAACACAGGGAUUGGACAUUUAGCCACCUUACUGUACACCAGACCACAGGGGCAGUGUAUGUAGGGGCCGUAAAUAGAAUCUACAAGCUCUCUGGAAACUUGACUCUGUUGGUAUCUCACAACACAGGCCCAGGGGAGGAUAACAAGUCAUGCUACCCUCCACAAAAUGUACAGCCCUGUAGUGAACCUCGUACUUUGACAAACAAUGUGAAUAAACUUCUCAUCAUUGACUAUGCUGAAAACCGUCUCUUGGCCUGUGGGAGCUUGUAUCAGGGUGUGUGCAAGCUUCUUCGUCUGGAUGAUUUGUUUAUCCUUGUGGAGCCAUCUCACAAGAAAGAGCACUAUCUCUCAAGCGUUAACGAAACAGGUACCAUGUAUGGAGUGAUUGUUCAUACUGAAGGUCAGGAUGGCAAACUGUUCAUUGGAACUGCAGUAGAUGGCAAGCAGGAUUAUUUCCCAACACUUUCCAGCAGAAAGCUGCCUCGAGACCCAGAAUCCUCUACCAUGUUGGAUUAUGAGCUGUACAGUGACUUUGUAUCAUCUCUCAUUAAAAUCCCAUCAGACACACUUGCCUUGGUCUCACAUUUUGACAUUUUUUACGUGUAUGGGUUUUCUAGUGGCAAUUAUGUCUAUUUCCUCACUGUUCAGCCAGAAACUCCAGAGGGCAUCUCCAGCAAUUCAGCCAAUGACCUAUUCUACACGUCCCGCAUUGUAAGGUUAUGCAAAAAUGACCCUAAGUUUCACUCUUAUGUUUCUCUGCCCAUUGGAUGCACCAAGAAUGGAGUGGAGUAUAGGCUUCUGCAAGCUGCUUACCUUACAAAGCCUGGAGCAACGUUAGCUAGGUCACUGAAGAUUACCACGCAAGAUGAUGUUCUUUUUGCCAUAUUCUCCAAAGGCCAGAAGCAGUAUCACCACCCACCUGAUGAUUCUACAUUGUGUGUAUUCCCAAUCAAGACUAUUAACUCACUUAUUAAAGAAAGGCUACAGUCUUGCUACCAAGGAGAGGGUCAUCUGGAACUAAACUGGCUUUUAGGAAAGGAUGUCCAGUGCACUAAAGCUCCGGUUCCCAUUGAUGAUAAUUUCUGUGGCUUGGAUAUUAACCAACCGUUAGGAGGAUCCACCAUGGUAGAAGGUGUUACUCUGUACACGGAAAGCAGAGACAGAAUGACAUCCCUAGCAUCUUAUGUCUACAACAACUACAGUGUGGUAUUUGUGGGCACCAAAAGUGGAAGGAUCAAAAAGAUCAGGGCUGAUGGACCCCCUGAUGGAGGCAUUCCAUAUGAAGUAGUGAAUGUUACGCGAGAUGAGAUUCCUUUACUAAGGGACAUGGCAUUCUCCACAGACAACAAAUAUCUAUACGUCAUGUCAGAGAGACAGGUGUCCAGAGUGGAGGUGGAGCACUGUGAGCAGUAUUCUAGCUGUGAGGAAUGCCUGAGCUCCGGGGACCCUCACUGUGGUUGGUGUGUGCUUCAUAACACGUGCUCACGGAAGGAUAAGUGUGAGCGGGCACAUGAGCCAUUUCGAUUUGCGGACAAUAUGAAGCAGUGUGUAAAGGUUGAUGUUCAACCCAACAGCCUCCCAGUAUCUGAACACAGCCUGCUGCUCACUCUGAAAGUCAGCAAUGUCCCUGACCUUUCUGCUGGGGUGACUUGUGCUUUUGGUGAUCUGAAACAAGAAGAAGGUCAAGUGCAAAGUGGAAGUCGCAUUGAUUGUGUUUCACCCGCAGCAAAGGAUAUUCCCACCAUGCUUGCUGCCCAAGAUUGGUUUGGCGUGGAGCUACAGCUAAUCUCCAAAGAGACUGGGAAGACUUUUGUCAGCACAAACUUCAAGUUCUACAACUGCAGUGCUCACCAGCAUUGUUUGUCCUGUGUGAAUGGUGAUUUUCGAUGUCAUUGGUGUAAAUAUCGCAACCUCUGCACUCAUGAUCCAACUUCCUGCUCGUUCCAAGAGGGCCGUGUCAAUGUCUCAGAGGACUGUCCCCAGCUAGUACCCAGUGAGGAGAUCCUGAUUCCUGUUGGGGAGGUGAGGCCAAUCACCUUGAAAGCUAGGAAUCUGCCCCAGCCACAGUCUGGCCAGAGAGGUUAUGAGUGUGUCCUAAACAUCCAGGGAGUGGUACAUCGUAUGCCAGCACUUCGGUUCAACAGCUCCAGUGUCCAGUGCCAGAACAGCUCGUACAUCUAUGAAGGAAUGGAUGUAAGUGAUCUGCCAGUGGACUUUUCUGUGGUAUGGAAUGGAAAUUUUACCAUUGACAACCCACAACUUAUUAAAGUUCACCUGUACAAGUGUGCAGCGCUGAGAGAGAGCUGCGGCCUGUGCCUGAAAGCUGAUCAUAAGUACGAGUGCGGCUGGUGUAAUGGAGAAGGCCGCUGUACGUUACACCAUCAUUGCAUGUCUCCCCAAAAUCAGUGGCUAGACUGGUCCAGCAGGAAUGUCAAGUGUAUCAAUCCACGGAUCCACGAGAUUCUCACCGUGUCAGGACCUCCUGAAGGUGGCACCAGGGUAACCAUCCGAGGUGCGAACUUGGGAUUGAAUUUUUCAGAAAUUGCUCAAAAUGUGGUUGUGGCUGGAGUGCAGUGCACACCUGUGGAGGAAGAAUACAUUAUUGCAGAGCAAAUUGUUUGUGAAAUGGGUCAGGCUUCCCCAACGUCAAGCUCAGGACCUGUGCUUCUCUGCAUUGAGGAGUGCAAGCCUGAGUUCAUGGCCCGUUCCCUGCAGCAGUACACCUUUGUGUCUCCAACAGUGGCUCAUCUGAGCCCAAGUCGUGGCCCUGAAUCUGGUGGAACUAUGAUUACAAUCACGGGACACAAUCUUGCAGCUGGAAGCAUUGUCUCAGUCACUCUAGGAAACCAAACCUGUGAAUAUUAUGGGAGGUCUCUUAAUGAGAUUGUCUGUGUGACAGCUCCAUCCACUCAUGGCCUCGGUCCUGUUCAUGUAUCUGUGAGUGUGGACAGAGCUCAGCUUGAAAGUAACCUACAGUUUGAAUACAUUGAUGAUCCAAAGGUCCUGCGCAUUGAACCUGAGUGGAGCAUCGCCAGUGGUCACACUUCUCUUACGGUCAUUGGCACCAAUCUGGACAUCAUUCAACAGCCAAGAAUCCGAGUGAAAUCUAAUGGCAAGGAAUCAGUGAAUGUGUGUAAAGUAGUGAAUGCUACAUGCCUGACAUGCUUGGCUCCAGCUCUGACAUUAGAGUACCGUCCUGGCUUGGAUUCAGUAGAGAGACCAAAUGAAUUUGGCUUCAUCUUUAACAACGUGCAGUCACUCCUUGUCUUCAACAACACCAAGUUUAUAUACUACCCUAACCCAACCUUUGAGCUUCUCAGCCCUAAUGGAGUCCUAGAGCAGAAACCAGGGUCUCCAAUUAUAUUAAAGGGGAGGAAUUUGUGUCCUCCUGCAACAGGCGGAGCCAAGCUGAGUUACACUGUACUGAUUGGUAAAACACCCUGCGCUGUUACUGUAUCUGAGACUCAACUCCUCUGUGAGUCUCCAAAUCUCACCGGGCAGCAUAAAGUAACAGUUUAUGUUGGUGGCAUGGUGUUCUCACCUGGUUCCAUUAAUGUGAUUCCUGACAGCCUCCUAACACUUCCAGCCAUUGUCAGUAUAGCUGCUGGAGGAAGCCUUCUCCUCAUCAUUGUGAUCAUUGUGCUUAUUGCUUACAAACGCAAGUCUAGAGAAAAUGACUUAACUCUAAAAAGGCUGCAAAUGCAGAUGGACAACUUGGAGUCACGAGUGGCCUUGGAGUGCAAAGAAGCUUUUGCUGAGCUCCAAACUGAUAUAAAUGAAUUGACGAGUGAUUUGGAUCGUUCCGGUAUACCGCACCUAGAUUAUCGAACAUAUGCAAUGAGGGUGCUCUUUCCAGGGAUAGAGGAUCAUCCAGUGCUUCAAGAGCUGGAGGUUCAGGGUAAUAGGCAGCAGAGUGUGGAGAAAGCCUUGAAGUUAUUCGCCCAGCUAAUCAACAAUAAGGUGUUCUUGCUGACAUUCAUCCGCACUCUAGAGCUUCAGCGCAGUUUCUCGAUGCGUGACCGGGGGAACGUGGCAUCCCUCAUUAUGACGGCUCUGCAGGGAAAACUGGAAUAUGCCACAGAUGUCCUUAAACAGCUGCUCUCUGACCUUAUUGAGAAAAAUCUGGAGAACAAAAACCAUCCCAAACUGCUACUGCGCAGGACAGAGUCUGUAGCAGAGAAGAUGCUGACCAACUGGUUUGCUUUCCUUCUGCACAAGUUCCUCAAGGAGUGUGCUGGAGAGCCCCUGUUCAUGUUGCACUGUGCCAUCAAGCAACAGAUGGAGAAAGGUCCCAUUGAUUCCAUCACAGGAGAGGCUCGCUACUCACUAAGCGAAGAUAAGCUGAUCCGGCAACAGAUUGAGUACAAAACGCUGAUACUGAACUGCGUGAACCCAGAUAAUGAAAAUAGUCCAGAGAUCCCAGUGAAGGUUUUAAACUGUGACACUAUCACUCAAGUAAAGGAGAAGAUCCUGGAUGCAGUUUACAAAAAUGUGCCAUACUCUCAGAGGCCAAGAGCUGUUGACAUGGAUCUUGAAUGGCGUCAGGGGCGUAUAGCAAGGGUCGUUUUACAGGAUGAAGAUAUCACAACCAAGAUCGAAGGCGACUGGAAGAGGCUUAACACACUUAUGCACUAUCAGGUCUCAGACCGGUCUGUGGUAGCCCUGGUUCCCAAACAAACAUCAUCCUACAAUAUUCCAGCUUCUGCUAGCAUCUCCCGAACAUCCAUCAGCAGAUAUGAUUCCACUUUCCGCUACACAGGAAGCCCUGACAGCCUGCGUUCACGUGCCCCAAUGAUCACCCCAGAUCUGGAAAGUGGUGUCAAAGUUUGGCAUCUGGUGAAAAACCAUGAGCAUGGAGACCAGAAAGAGGGUGAUCGGGGAAGCAAGAUGGUGUCUGAAAUCUACCUGACUCGGCUGCUCGCUACAAAGGGAACACUACAGAAAUUUGUGGAUGACCUCUUUGAGACACUGUUCAGUACAGUGCACCGAGGCAGCGCUCUCCCAUUGGCUAUCAAAUACAUGUUUGACUUCCUGGACGAGCAGGCCGACAGACAUGGCAUUUACGAUACGGAUGUGAGGCACACAUGGAAAAGCAACUGCCUGCCGCUCCGAUUUUGGGUAAAUGUCAUCAAGAACCCUCAGUUUGUAUUUGACAUCCACAAGGGAAGUAUAACUGAUGCUUGCCUCUCUGUGGUGGCUCAGACUUUCAUGGACUCCUGCUCAACCUCAGAGCAUCGACUGGGCAAGGACUCCCCCAGCAACAAGCUACUCUAUGCCAAGGAUAUCCCCAACUACAAGAAUUGGGUGGAAAGGUAUUAUGCUGAUAUUGCCAAGCUCCCAGCCAUCAGCGACCAGGAUAUGAAUGCCUACCUCGCAGAGCAGUCCCGUAUGCAUGCUGCAGAAUUCAACAUUAUGAGCGCCCUAAACGAGAUUUACUCCUAUGUUAGUAAAUACAGUGUAGAGCUCAUCACAGCCUUGGAGCAAGAUGAACAAGGACGUCGGCACCGCUUAGCUUACAAAGUGGAACAACUUAUAGGAGCAAUGAGCUUCGACAGCUGAACUUUACUUCUUCCCCUUAACUUUCCAAAGGGGGAAAGGCUCCUGGCAAAGACUCUGCUAAUAGAGUGACAGGAUUCCCUUUACUUUAUGUCCAACUGUGAAGAACUACAUGAAGUAUCAACAGGUCUAACAGUAGUUUGAACCUAUCACAGAGCAAGGAAAGCAGCAGAACCUGUCCCAAACACGUCAUUCCUUACCUGAAUGUGAAGACUCCAGAGAUAAGUUGAGUCCGAAAGGCUGCUUAUUGCAUGUUCUAUGUAAAUUAUGUGACUACAGACGACAAAAGACUUAACUGCUCUGUUGGUUUGGUUGAUUGUUUAGCUUGUCUUCUCUUCAACAGACUAUUUUUUUCUGUUAUUUAUUAUUUUGGGGAAAGAGACCAUUAUUUUUAGCCCGUCUUGGGAUACAAAAGGGAAUUUCAACUCUGCAUCGUUCCUCUAAUUUAGCCAAUGUUGGCAUAUUUUGCACUGGUUCAACAGAUGACUUUCAAGACGUCCGUGAUACACAGCCGUGUUUAACAAAGGCAUACUGUGGAACAUUUCAGAGUGCCAAUCUCUGCUUAAAGACACACUUUCCAUAGGCUGACUUCUGUGGAACUUCACUGACAGUCACUUCAGAUUCACCAGCUGAACUAUUAACAGACACAUCAAAGCAAGAGGUGUGUUCCCAUAAACCUUUCAAAUCACUGUUUGCCGGACCAUUGUCACCAUCUUUUUGCAAGUUUACCUACACCAUGGCCAAGAGCAGUGAAUGGGACAUGUCAGUAGUGGGUUAAUCAAUGGGCAUGCUUCUGACAACUGAGUCACAAUCACUCAGUAGAAUGAAAUUGCUAGGUGGCAUAUUAUCCUGUAGAAAUCAGUGCAGUGCCCAGCAUAUGAGGCCAUGCAUGUCCAUGUAUUCCUACCACCUUUGUGCCAUCUUCACCAUUCAUGAACUGACAUUCCUGUACAGCACUAAUAUUUAGACCAUUAAAGGGCCACCAAAUAAAAAUUUACUUAUACCUGAAUGACCAUUAAAUGGUCAGUAACAUUAAUUAAUGUUGUAUACAUAAUAUGCACUUUUCAAAAUUCUGCACCAGUUGUAGAAUGCAUGAUAAAUUUUAUUAUAUAAUUUUGUAUCCCACUGGGCGUAGCCCAAUCAAAAAAAUGGUUCUGGAUUUAAAUAUGUAGGCACUCUUCUCCAAAUGUUACUGUAAUUAGCUGUUGGUUGGACUCCCUAGCAUGGGCUGCGUAUAGGUACCAGUGGACCCAGGACAAAGGGCUGGCCCCCACAGCUGCCCCAAAAAGAAUUGUGGUAGCACCACCCUCAAGUAGGUGAAUUUGAAUUCAAUAAGGUAGGAAUAAAGAAAUCACAAAUACCAGCUUUUUAUAUAAAAAAAAAAUCCCUUAGGAACAUUUGUAUUUAUAUAAAUAAAUGGUUAUGUUUAGCUUUUUCAGCUGAUUAAAACAAGGGUUAUGCCAUAUCUAGGGAUGCUUCAGUCAAACGUUAUACCAGGUCUGAUGGCAGACCCACCAGUACUAUUGAGUCCUGGGCAAUUGCCCCUUUUGCCUAUUUAUUAACAAUACUCUUCCCCCUGGGAAUCAUUAUUCUGGUGUGACACUACAAGUAUUCUAGAAAGUGAUGAAACUUGGAUUCAAAGUCAUAUCUAUUAAGCAACAAGAUGGUGGAAAGGUUUUCCUGAAGAUCCGUUUUGCCACAAACAUUUCACAUCUCCCAUUUGAAGUUUUGAUGAUUCGCCCACACUUUGUAAGGCAUAUCAUAUGCCACGAUUUGCUGCAUAGGAGGGAAAUUUUAUGAACACUCUGGAAUUAAUGCUUGGGUAGUUUCAUUUGUCAUUUGCCGCCCAUCAAUUCCAUUAUUCUCAUUUACGGCUCUACGUGAUCAGCUUAGUCAGAAGCAUUGCCCACAAAUUCAUUUCUUAACGAUGAUAUGUUUACAACAGCCAUUACUUGAACUAGCUUUGGAUAUUUAUUUUUUAUUGCUGUUUGUUUGUUAUAUACAUUCUCGGAACAUCAGCCUCUUGAUGCACUCUUGUUUCGAUUGGUUUACUACGUUCUGUCGCAACACUGCAUGAUUUAGUCACUGACUUUUUCAUGGUCGUUGAAGUGCCACUCCUUCUGUUUAAGGGAAACAAGCACUUUGCUCUUACAUGAAAGUAUCAUUUUUAGCAAAAUUAACUAUGGAAGCAUGCCUCGUCAGAGCCUAAAGGGGAAAUAUGUGUGGAGCAGCCAUACUGCCUACUAUUAAAGUUAACUAUAACAUCUUUAGCAAACUACAGCCCCCUUAGUAAAGGGGAGGAUGCUUAAUUGGAAAUACUGAGCAAUAAUUUUAGAAUGCAAAUCUCUCAGAAUUGUUUUACUGAGCAAGAAAAGCCAUACAUAACAUUUUGAGCCUAAUUAUAAAAGUUAAUAUAACAUCCCCUUUAAAUUCUAUCAGUAAGAGUACUCUCUUAUGUAAGAGCAGCUAUGGUUUCUCUUUAUGUAAAAGUCUGCUCCCUCAGUAACAACCAAUUAAGAACUCAUGGGAGCAUAUGAAACAAUGGUAGACCUACCUAUGAGCCACUCUAACCAGGCGAUCCUGUAGGGCAACUUGACACUGUUUCAUGUGCUACAAGGAGAUUUCCAUUGCUUAUUGCAACAUUACUGUUUCAACACUGAAGACCAAAGCCCCCAGUCUUCUCUUGCUAUGGCGCUUAGAGGCUAUGCAGUGCAUUGCAGGGCAAUACAGUGCUGGCCUAUAAGUCCUAAUUCUCUUUUUAUGUAACGUUUCCUGGUGCAAGUCUUUCUUUCUCACUCUAUUCCUUAUUUACAGCUAGAGAUAAAUGCAUUGGGGUGAUUUGAUUUAAGAUAUUUUGAAUCAGGUGAAAUUGUUGAAAUAUCAAAAAGAUCCAGGUGAAAUCAGUGUGCAAAAAAAUGACAAACAAUAUCUCUGGCAUCCCAUUGUCUCCUUUGGUCUGAAUUGUUCAUCGUAACCUUGGCUGCUACCGAGCUCCCCAACAUCACGUCUGCUUUGUGGCUGGAGCUAAUAAUUUAAAAUAUAGACAUUCCCAUAUUUUUUUACGACUCAUUGUUGAGCAUUGUCCGAAUUGUUGGGUUGAACAUACCCGGUAGAGAGUCAAGAACAUUGUGGUCUAAUGUGAUUUGUGUGCUGGACAUUGAGCGAGUGGCUCUUUAGAAACCCACUUGCCAAAUCUCAAGAGCACAUAUUGUAAAUGUGCCAAAUCCCACAAUUCCAUAGCAGUCUUUAUUUUUCUACAGUUCAUAGCAAAAGUGUGUCAGAUGAUGAACCAAACUGAGCAAUGAUAUUGCAGAGUCCAAACUCUGGGAGUGGGCCUGCUUCUCCCCAGCUCUACUGCACUUGUGAACGAUAGUGUGUCUUUUGCUUUCUCUAUUUUAUUUCCUUGUCUGCCUCGCUUUUUUUCUGUCAUUUUUACAGAUGUUGUGAAAAUUUAAAACAGGAAAAAAAAAACAACAAAAAAAACUGAAAGUUUUAAUUAUUUAAAAAUGUUCGGAGACAAAAAAGUUUUGUUAUUAUUUUAAUAUAUUAUUGUGUACCUAUUGUAAAUAUGAAACACUCCUAUUUUGCAAGCCAAGGACCCACUUUGUACUAUUGUUAUAUAUAAAUAAAGUUUACUGGAUAAAAAA